ACUUCUUUUCAGUCUUCAACACCAAGCUCUGCUCUCUUCUAGAGCAACAACAUACACUUCUUCAGUUCUUCCUCUAUCUCUUUCGCUUUAGACCCCAGAUUCUGUAGUGAAAAUGGCAGUGACACUUGUAUCUACACUUUGUUUGGCUUUGUUGGUUGCUGUUUCAGCUUCUGCUGUUAUUCAGCCAAGAGUACCUGAAGCUUACCUUCAAAAUGGAAAUUUUGAGGAGCAACCAAACCCCAAAUCCCUCCAGAAAACCAAACUCAUUGGAAAAUUUGCGUUACCAAAAUGGGAAAUCAAUGGUUUGGUUGAGUAUGUCACGGGAGGACCACAACCCGGAGGCAUGUUCUUCCCAGUGACUCAUGGCAUACAUGCUGUUAGGCUUGGCAAUGAAGCCUCAAUCUCUCAGACCAUCAAGGUCAAACCUGGCCAAUAUUACGCGCUCAUUCUCGGCGCGUCGAGGACUUGUGCACAAGAUGAAGUCCUAAGGAUCUCUGUGCCUCCACAGACUGGAGAUGUUCCUCUGCAGACACUGUAUAGCCUCAAUGGUGAUGUCAUUGCUUGGGGAUUCAAGGCCACUUCUAAUGUCGCUAAAGUUACUUUCCACAACCCUGGAGUUCAGGAAGAUCCGGCUUGCGGUCCGCUUUUGGAUGCCAUUGCUAUCAGAGAGUUUUACCCUCCAUUGCCUUCAAGAGCUAAUUUGGUUAAAAAUCCCGGUUUUGAAGAGGGUCCAUUCCCUAUUUUCAAUUCUACCAACGGUGUUCUGCUCCCUCCUGAGCAGCAAGAUUUGAUGUCGCCGCUCCCCGGUUGGAUCAUCGAAUCCCUGAAAGCCAUUAAGUUCAUAGAUUCAAAGCAUUUCAAUAUCCCAUUCGGGUUGGGAGCAGUGGAACUGGUUGCAGGAAGGGAAAGUGCCAUCGCCCAAAUCAUCAGAACAGUUACCAACAAAGUCUACAACAUCACAUUUUCAGUUGGAGAUGCCAAAAACGGCUGCCAUGGAUCCAUGAUGGUCGAAGCAUUUGCUGCCAAGGACACCUUCAAAGUUCCCUUCAAAUCUGAAGGCAAGGGAAAAUUCAGAACAGUGAGCUUCAAGUUCAAAGCAGUUGCACCAAGAACAAGGCUCACAUUCUACAGCUCCUUCUACCAUACCAGAAUUGAUGAUUAUGGAUCUCUCUGUGGCCCUGUUCUUGACCAAGUUAUAGUGUUCCCUGUCGCCUAAGUUGUUAAACCAUUAAUGUAGUACUUAGUAACUAUGAUUUUUGCAAGUUACUUGAGCCUGCCUUCUGUAUAAUUGCACGAGACCAUACCACUCCUUUACUCUA